CAGUUGGGUGACACAUCAGCAGAAAAUCUCUUAUUUCCACCUCUCAUUUCCUUCUCUCCAAUCUUUGUCUAUCUAUCUAAGCACCAAGCCCCAUUCUCUUCCCAACAGCAACCACUAGAGCAUAUCAACAAAGAAGAAUUGGAGACAAUGGCUAGUGUUUCUAUGGCUAUGCGACUGACUUCUGCAAGCCAGAAUAGGCUGCUCCAGAGGCCAACCUCUGAAGCCUUUUUCCAGCCACUGCAAGUGAAGCCAUCAAAGAAGGCUGUGGCAGUGAAGCCGAAGUCCAGGGGCAGUCGGCUUGAAGUGAAGGCUUCUCUCAAAGAGAAGGCAAUCACAGGUCUGACAGCCGCCGCAUUGACAGCUUCCAUGGUGCUGCCUGAGGCGGCUGAAGCAGCCUCCGGCGUCUCCCCAUCUCUCAAGAACUUCCUGCUCAGCAUUGCGGCCGGCGGCGUCGUCCUUGGUGCAAUCGUCGGAGCUGUUAUCGGCGUCGCCAACUUCGAUCCCGUCAAGCGAACCUGAGAAGAUGAAUCCCGAAUUUCUGUGAAUUUUCUUCUUUCUCUCUCUCAUCUUGUCAUUAGUUUCUGUUGCCUAAUUUAGCAAUCUGCAAAACUUUUACCCAUAUGUAUAUGGAUCUCAUGAUUUGAAUUCAAAGACUCGUUGUUCUUAGAACACUGCAUCAAA